UUUGCUAUUUUAAACAAUGGGUAUGUAUCCUUGAGUGAGUAAGGAGUGUUUACCUCAUCCUGUGAUGAGAUGCCAGAACUUCUGAGUCAAGUGUAGGACCUCCCAGGAAAACCUGUCCGAACUCCCUGAGGCUGGCUUCAGAUUCUGUGAACAAUCACGAUGGGAAGCAAAGGAGGCUUCAUCCUUCUGCUCAUCCUCGCUGUGCUCUGCCGUUCAGGUCAUAGCCUGACAUGCUACACCUGUAUUGACAAUGAAACCUGCAACAAGACCGCUGUUUGUUCAGUUAAUCAUGAUGCAUGUCUGUUGGUCAAAGCUGAUCCAAGACUUUUUUACCGCCAGUGUUGGAAGUUUGAUGACUGUAGCUACCUCUCCAUCUCCAAAGCCCUGGGGCUGAAGAAGCUCGAGUACAGCUGUUGCCAGAAGGACCUGUGCAACGGGAGUGCCAGGGUCUCCGGGAUGACAGCGUUGAUGCUGUUCCCCCUGCUGGCGGCAGCCUUGACGCUUUGUCUCUAAAUGUCACUGGGAGGCCUUCUCCUGAACUUUCCGUGUCUCCGUAUGUUCCUCAUUCCCUUGCUGCUGCGUGCCCCAGGCUUUACUUCACUUGUCCCGUUGGGCAAGACUAACACUAGCUUGGGCAACUUGGUGACGAGAGAGCCUCUGAGAGACGUUGAAGGCCAAUCCUGUGGGCAGCGAAGACUCGUCGGAGGGACACGGUGUAAAAGGGUGCAGCACGUGCAAUCUGAGCUUGGCCGCACAUUUCUUCCUUGGCUUUUCGCAAGAGCAGCCUCGCAGGGACAGCUUGAGUACCUCAGAUCCUCUGCAGGGCCCCGUCACGGUCAUUUCCCCUCCGAUGGCUUGAAGGUGGUUAUUAAGUACUCUGAUCUGGGGCGGGGAGGGUGGUGGUACUGGGACAGGGGGUUCUUUUCAACAGCCUCUCCCAAGGAAUGCUUUCAUCCUCUCCCUUUAUGGCAUCCGCACUGCCAAGCAGGCCCGACCACGCUCCCGCAUGUGGGCUGUCAGGGAGGGGCCGUGAGGUUCUCAGUGCUGCGUGAUCGCAGUGACCUUUGUAGUCUCAACUCGCGGGUGUCUGGCAGGGACGGAGGGGAGCUUUCCACACGGCAGGGCCUUGAACCCCCCCCCCCGCCCCCCGCCAAGGUCUGUCUUCCAAGAAUAGGUAGCAGUGGCUAAAAUCUGAGUUUUCCUCUAUCGCUCGGUUGUGAAUGGGCUUUGCUUGUCUGCAGUAGAGAAACUUAACAGCAUCUAAUAAUGAUGUGUGAAAACUAUCCCCCCAACUUUUGUAUUGGAUUGGUGGAGUAUCUUAGCUUUGUCACACGUAGUUAAAGACUGAACGUUGGGACAUUCUUUGUCAAAAAUGACUCGUAGUAUUAAGGGUUCCUAUUUUAAGUAGUAGUGGUAGCAAGUCUCUUCCUUUGCGUCUGGAUGCUGUGCGAACCUGGCGGCAGGAUCCUCUCGGCCUGCGGUCAGGGCCUCCAGACGUCCUCGUGAACAGCAGCAGGGGUGCGUUUAGCCGACACCCGGCCUGCGUUGCCCCUUGGUCGACUUAGCACAAUUUGCUGAGGAGACAUUUGUCAAGGUUAUUAGCAUAAUAACCAAUGUUGAGGCUUUUGGAAGCACUCCCUGUUUCCUAAAAAGUGGUACACCUUUUGAGGAAUAGUUUUGCCUUUUUCUUGGGGCUGUUGCUGAAUAAUUCGCAAGAUCCAGCAGACGGAAGGACACUUGUUUUCUUACCAUCUCGGCUGUCUCCAGCAGCACAGCUUGGCUUUUUGCAGAUGAAGGUGGGACUUCAGGAUGAACAUUUUUUCCACUCCCUUGCUCAUGUAAUCUGCGUAACAGGCUGGAAUGACUGAUGCCUUUCUGAAAAUAAAAUGUCAUCAAGUG